AUGUCGCAAACCGAAUUGCCCACCAUUCAAGGUCGUCCCACCGUCGCCGACCUUAGCGGAGAGAACCACUAUGCGCAGAUUGCGCGGAAACACUGGUUGAGCAGCACGAGGAAGGGCACAAAGGUCCUGCAAAACGUUGUCAAGGCAGAGCUUUGGGAUCACCUGGAGCAGGAGGACUUCGCCUUUGGAUCGCUGCUUGUUCUCGAGAACUUGCAGCUGCUGGAAAAGUAUUUGUGGCCAGGAUAUACGGAGGAUGCCUCGAAUUACCAUGUCUUGCUGCUGGCGCUGCUGGUCAAUGUCAAGCGGAGAGAGAAUCUGCCUUCUUGGGAUCACUUCACGACCAAUCCAUCCGAGUUCUCGUCCUUCUUCCGCCGCAUCUUGUCCAUGACACUCGAUAGCUCGCUUUCUACCAAGCUACGUACCCACCUGAUCACGUUCAUUGUUGGAGCCUUUCAAUCGCUAGAUAGUGGCAUAAUCAGGAAGGAAUGCGCUCCGCUGGUCUCCAUCGCCUUGUGGGCAAACCUGCAUAGUGAUGCUAUUCGCGAGCACAAACUUGAAAAGAGCGUGGCUUUGAGAAAGGCGUGGAGGGCUUCAGUCAAGCGCUACGAUGUGGCAGACGAUGCGACUAAGGCUAGACUCCGCUUCGAGCGCUCUUGGCUAUAUACGCUGUUGCUGGACUUUCUCAACAAGAUUUACGACAGCUCGUCAUCUGAGGAGAACACGCGGUAUUGCGAGCGGUUUUUGGAGUUACUCGCGGACUUGCAGAGCCAGUUGCCGACACGGAGAUAUGUGAACGCACUCUUACAAGACCUGCACUUAAUACCCGCAAUUCAGCUUUCUCCGGUGUAUAGCGAUGAGGACAAUGGCCUAUUUAGGGAUCUGUUCAACCUUUUCCGCCACUACAGCUAUUUUCUGAUAGACGAUCAAACGGGCCAACCGCAGAACCGUAUGCAGUAUGAGGAGGCACACCACGCAACACUUGCAAGGCUGCAGAGGACCGCGAUCACAUACUUUAAAGAUAAGCUUACUAUCCUGGCUUUGUCAAACUUCAGUUCGCUUGGUCUCAGGGCUGAUCUUGAGGGGCAUUUGGAGAGUCUGUCACUCGAGGACCUGGUUCAACUUUGCAGCAUCCUGCGACUACGGACCGAGUAUCCCACAUCGUCCUUGGUCGUUCGAGAUCGAGCUUUCUUUAUCGAAGUGCUGGCGUCAGAACACGAAAAACGCCCAACAUUCCAGGACACGGUACGGGAAAUGACCAUUCCCCCUACGGAGAGGACGCUAUACGAAGCUGCCUUCCUGCGGAACGAAUCCUACGAUGGGUCGCGGCCGCUUGCUAUACCUAAGCUGAAUCUCCAAUACCUUACCAUAGGCGACUUUCUCUGGCGAUCCUUCAUCCUUCAUCGGUGUGAAUCCUUCUACGAGAUCCGGAAGAACAUGGAAGAUGUCAUCAAACGACUGCAGCCGCGUGUUGGAGGCGGUGUUACUCGGUUUGAUGGCUUUUCUAAGAUGGCUUUGCCCAUUGGCAAGCCCGCAAUCAUAGAUGUCGCCCCAGCAAAGGUCGGAGAAGUUGCGCCCGCCUCUGUGCGUGCCGAAGUUACGCUCGACGUAAGCCGACUUAGCCAUGCUGUUCGCCUGGAAUGGGAGUCUUUGCGCCAAGAUGAUGUGGUCUUCCUCCUGGCCGUCCAUCCAUCAGAACGUGGCAUGAUUAGUAACGGUGGUAGCAAUGCCACGCCGGCAGAGCAGAUGGGCCUGCGGUAUCUGCGGACCGCUGAAGUUAUCCAAGUACAAGACCAUGCCGGGCGGCCACUGCGCGAUCAACAAGACGGUGCGGAGCGUAGGCCUCGGCAGCGUAGGUUACUGUUGCGGCUCGACAAUGCGGCUUAUAAAAUGGACCUUGAUCGGCAAGCCAAGCAGAAGGUUGACAUAUAUGAGGGCAUCAACCUCAUCGUCAGACGGCGGGGCCGAGAAAACAACUUCAAGCCAGUGCUCGAAUCAAUUAAGCGCCUCACGCUAUCCGAUGUGCCUGCACCCUCUUGGCUUCAGGAAGUCUUCCUUGGCUACGGUGACCCUGCUAGUGCUACGUACAGGCGGCUUGCAAACCGCCUGCGAUCGAUCGACUUUCGAGACACAUUUUUAAGCUGGGAGCAUCUCGUUGAGAGUUUACCCGGUAAGACUAUUGAGCCAAGUGACGAGAUGCAGUCAAGCUUCGGACCGCCGUACGUCCUCCAAUUUCCAGAGGACACGGCCCAGGAAGAACCAUCAAGGCCGUCUAAGAAGCGCAGGAGGGACCAGGACGAGAUCCCGAAGACGACCCAUGAAAUCGUUCAUGUCUCCACGUAUAAGCCUCCCAACACAGGUCCAUACCCACAAGAUGCUCCUAAGCUGAAUACUGUGCGGUUCACACCGGCACAGGUCGAAGCUAUCACAUCAGGCACGCAGCCAGGCCUUACUGUCAUUGUCGGUCCGCCAGGAACUGGAAAGACGGACGUUGCAACCCAGAUCAUCAACAACAUCUACCACAACUUCCCUUCGCAGCGGACGUUAUUAGUCGCACACAGUAACCAGGCGCUGAACCAACUAUUUCAGAAGAUAGUAGCACUGGAUAUCGACGAACGCCACUUACUGCGUCUAGGCCACGGCGAGGAAGAGUUGGAGACCGAGGCUAGCUACAGUAAGCAUGGACGCGUGGAGUCCUUCUUAGAGAACGGAGCGCGCUACUUAGCGGAGGUCGACAGGCUAGCCGCUAACUUCGGUGCACCUGGUGCACAUGGGAGUUCGUGCGAAACCGCUGACUACUUCAAUUCUGUGUAUGUCAAGCCUGCGUGGACGAAAUAUUGGGAUAAGGUUCGAAUGGGCGACUCCACUCGGGACCAGAUCAUCGAGGAGUUUCCUUUCCAUCAUUACUUCUCCGACGCGCCACAACCCCUAUUUCCACCGGACGCAAGUCGCGAGGAUCUCCUGGAGAUCGCUCAAGGAUGCUACCGCCACGUGGAAAAGAUCUUCUCCGAGCUUUCUGACAUACGUCCUUUCGAAAUCCUGAGAAGCGCCCGAGACAAGGCGAACUACCUGCUCAUCAAAGAAGCCCGCAUUAUCGCCAUGACCUCAACGCACGCGGCCAUGCGGCGACAAGAGAUCGCGAACAUGGGCUUCCACUACGACAACGUGAUCAUGGAGGAAGCGGCCCAGAUCACUGAAAUCGAAAACUUCAUCCCCUUGGCGCUCCAGAAGCCCAAGGAUGGCGAGCUGCCGCUGCAGCGGAUAGUGCUCGUAGGCGACCAUCUCCAAAACUCGCCCAUUGUGCAGAACCUCGCAUUCCGGCAGUACGCCAACCUAGAACAAUCCCUUUUCCUCCGCCUCGUGCGUCUCGGCGUCCCAACCAUCCUGCUGGACCAGCAAGGCCGUGCCAGACCCUCCCUAGCGGAGCUCUACAAAUGGCGCUACCCUCGCCUCGGCAACCUGCCCAUUGUCUUAACAGCGCCAGAGUUCCUGACCGCAAACGCAGGCUUCCGCUACGACUACCAGUUCAUCAACGUGCCGGACUACAAGGGCAAGGGCGAGAUGGAGCCGACGCCGCAUUUCAUCCAGAACCUCGGUGAGGCCGAAUACGCCGUCGCGCUGUUCAUGUAUAUGCGGCUGCUUGGGUAUCCGGCGGCGAAGAUCUCGAUACUGACGACGUAUGCGGGGCAGAGGGCCCUGGUGAGGGAUGUGCUGAGCCAUCGGUGUAAGGGGAAUAGGCUGUUUGGGUUGCCGAGGGUUGUUACGACUGUGGAUAAAUAUCAGGGCGAGCAGAAUGAUUACAUCAUCCUCUCCCUCGUCCGCACAACCCGCGUCGGCUACCUCCGCGAUAUCCGCCGCCUCACCGUGGCACUCUCCCGCGCGCGGCUCGGCCUGUACAUCCUGGGCCGCCGUGCCGUCUUCGAGUCCUGCUACGAGUUGAAAGAGGCGUUUGACCGGCUGCUGCAGCGCCCGGAUAAGCUGGCUCUGGUGACGGGGGAGACGCAUCCGACCACGAGGGCGGUGGACGAGGAGGUUGAGGCAACGGAGAUGGAGGGGGUCGAGCAUUUGGGGCAGUAUGUGUUUGAGAUGACGCAGGCGAAGGUUAGGGCUAUUAGGGAGGGGGGUGGCGUACUGCCGCCGGUGGAGGAGGAGGGAAUGGAGGUUGAUGAUGAGGAGGGGGAGGAGGUUGUGGAAGCUGAGGAGAUUGAGGAGGAUGAGGAAGUGAUCGAGUGA